AUGGGUUCGGAGAACUCCGAAAUUCUGCGAAUACUGGAGACACCUCCUGAUAAGCGAUCCAGUGAGCUGAAUCACUGUGCACUACGCAAGCAGCAUCCACAUUCACGUACCUUCUUCGAUGCCUCCAAAAUCAUGCAUGUACUAACACUCGUGGGGAAGGUGUCUCUAGUCACGACAAGUGAUGAUACCCUGGCAGCACAAUAUGCAGUGGAGCUGAUACGGGUACACGACUUCCUGGGCAGCAUCGAGGGUCUGCAGCACCUGCGUCCGCGUAGCCAUCGAGAGGCGGCGCUGCAAGAGACCGCGCGCCUCGCCCGCCUGAUGCGAGUGCGCGGUGAAUCCCUCCUCUUUCGUCGAGGCGACCCCGCCUCCGCUUGGUUCAUUCUCCUCUCCGGAUGCGUCCUCAUCGACCACUCCAUGUUCCUACCGCGCAGUUGUUUCGGUACUCGACUGAACGGCAGCCAAGUGCGUCAUCAGGAUUGUUUCGUAUUGGAGGACUCCGAUCUUGUUGCGAUCGCCUACGUGGAUCGGGAUCCCCCGCCGCUAGUCGCAGCCUCGCCACGGACUCAACUCCAGCCUGCAUCGAAUAAGAAGGGCGUUCUGCCUCCUGUUGGUGAAGCAUCAGGAGCGAAGAAAUCGCCACAGAAGCAGCAGCAGCAACAUACUCCAGAGCGGCAGUCCUCGCUGUCAGAGAGCGACUCGGCGAUUGCACGCACCAUGACAACAACUUCGAACAGCAGCAACACCAGUCUCCAUUGCGCUGUUGGUGUAGACUCGGACUCUGAUCUCGAUGGUGGUGGUGGUGAUGGUGCGGAGGAUGACGACGGUGGUGGUAGCGAUGUUGACAAUGAGGAAGAUGAGGAUGACGAGGAAGAGGAGGAUGAGGACGACGAAUUUGACUCAGGAAGUAGCAGUCAUGAGUCCCUACGUGACAGCUUCUGGGAUGCUCUGUUGAAAGAGCCACGUCUGAGGACAACUGCGGAUGUGGAAGUACUUGUGGAAAACGUUCAGAAGUUACCGGCCUUCUCAAACCUCUCGGAGGGUACGCGGACCGCGCUCUGUCGCCUCAUGCUGGUGGCCGUGGUGCGCGAGGCCAGUCAAGUGGUCCUCUCCGACGGUGAGAUCCUUGAUACCUGGUCCGUCAUCCUCAACGGCACUGUGGAGGUUGUGGAUCCAGACGGAACGAUUCGUGAGCUGACCAGUGGUGAUGCUUUCGGAGUCCGCCUACCACCGUCACCGAAUGCAGACGGGGCGAUGAGUGGAGGCACACUGGUGGUGCAACGCCAUCGAGGGCAAAUGCGCACGGUGACAGAAGACUGCCAGUUUGUAUGCGUUGCCCAGGCUGACUACUUCCGCAUCAUGGCGCAGGCCGCUGACGCUGAGGUGCCGGAGGUGGAGGAGGACGGGGGCCGAGUGGUCCUCGUCUACGAAGACAUUCGAAAGGACGCCGCUCCCGCCUCCACUGAUGCCGACGUCCCGCCCCUUGCUCCCUCCUCUCCCUCUUCUGCGAUAGUCUCACGCGUCGUCAUUAAGGGCACACCGGAGAAACUCAUUGACCACUUGAAAUCACCGGAAUCAAGCGAUCCGAGCUAUCCGGAGGACCUACUCCUUACCUACCGCACCUUUCUGCCAACACCUGCGCUGCUGGUGCGUCGCCUGUUAACGUGGUGGGAGGAGGCGCUACCGGCGGACCGCAUUUUACGCUCACGCAUUCAACGCUACGUGGUGCUGUGGGUGCACAACCACCCCGCUGAUUUCUACGACCGGCCGGCGAUGCUGCACUUCCUGGAGACAUUCAGCGAUCUCCUUCAACGUGACAGUGGCAACCGACGCCUCCUCCACCUUGCCUGCUCCACCCGCGCACGCCCUCGCACCGUCUCAGUGACAUUGACCCUGAUAGUGGCCCCUGGCGCCGCCUGCCACAUCAUACUACCCUGUGUGCUAGUUGGCGGGCAGGGUGAGUUUGGCAUUUUUGUAAACCAAGCAGAGGAAGUCGGCGGUGCUACCCACGGAGGGGGUGGAGAGGGCUACGAGGUUCGACCAGCGUUGCGACGGGCCGAUCAAUUGCUGGCGCUGCAACAGAUGAGUGUGGAGGGGCUCUCGCUGGCUCAGCUGGCAUCUUUGUUGGCAUCUCUGGUACUGAGCUCCAAUCGACAACCGCCUGGAACCACCACAACUCGGACGCUCACGUUCUCGGUCAUAUUUAACCCCUCUCAGUUCUACGAGCUCAUGUCCAAUGUGGGCGAACUGAACUCCCGAUUGACCUCCAAAAAUCGAGCCACUGUCAUCUCCACCAGGGAUGAUCACUUCAACGCAUUCGAGGUGGCCUCCAUUCAGGAGGGCCUGAGCCUUAUCAACGCUUCUUCUCGAGCUGCUGGAAUACCCUCCUCUUCCAUUGACAACUGGGUGGAACGACAGCAACAACAAAAAUGUCAACGUCUUCCUGGUGAACAGUCGCACCUCGUUCGGGGUGCGGUUUCGCUCCGUUACCCGCCUGGCGCCCCACACCCGCGGUCUCCUCUUCCCCCCGUUAGACCAUCUGCUACCGCCGAAACGUCUCUUCUUCCCUCCACUUCCUUUGAUCCCUCUUCCUCCUCGGGACUCACUCGCUCCUCCUCGCAGCCAGAUUUAACCAUCACUGGGGCUGGCGGCAGGAGUAGAGGCGACCAGCCACAGGGUGCGUGGUGGGGUGGGGCCUCCUCCGCAUCGGCAGGAAUGGGUGAGGCCGGAGGAAUGUCGGUGAUCCGUGUGUGGCGCUCGCUGGGCGCGGAAGCGAAGGACCAGGUGAGCAAGCUAGUGCCUCUCCACCCGCGCACCAUCGCACGUACCGCUGUCCGUCUCGCUGCCCAGGAGUUUAGCAUCGAUGUCGACGAUGUUGCCGCGGAGUUCUGUCUCUGUCUAGUCACUGUGGACGAGGGACCGAUCAUGAAACAGAGUCGAAUCGCAGACAACAUGGACGAUUUGGCCAAUCGAAUCGCAUUGAACUCGCGUUACUACCUCAAACCUAACCGCGUGUCCGAUGUUCUCAUCACCGACGAGGUGGCCAAAGUCAUCUAUCAGGAGAGCCGCGUCUCCCUCACCCAACUAUCACCGGAGGAGGUUGCCAUCCAACUGACCUUGGAUGACUUCUCUAUUUUCCGUUCCAUCGAAGCUGCGGAAUUCGUCGACAAGGUGUUCGGUCUCACCCCUCCAGCCUCUUCUGCUCUUGAUGGCUGUAGCAAUAGCAGUAACAACGAGAACAUCGACAACGACGGUGGAGGUGGAGGCGGAUUCGCAACGGGUUGUGGAAAUCUGGACGCCUUCGCAGACGUGGUCAAUAAAGAGGCCUACUGGGUGCCCUCUGAGCUGUGCGCUGAGACCAGUCUCCCCAAACGUGUCGAUAUGCUCAAGAGAUUCAUCAAGAUAGCGAAGUUGUGCAGAGAUCUGCGAAAUUUCAACACCAUGUUCUGCAUCCUCGUGGGAUUGCACAUGUCGCCGGUGGAACGUCUGCGGCAGACCUGGGAGCGCCUUCCCAAUAAAUACGUCAAGAUGAGUCGCGACCUCGCUUUGGUGUUGGACCCCUCACGAAACUUCGCGCACUACCGCAACCUCCUCACCUCGCCGCCGCAGUCGCCGCAAACGGGGGCGCAGUGUCUCCCUCUCGUGCCCUAUCUACCACUGGUGUUGAAAGACCUAACCUUCAUUCACCUAGGCAACCCCUCACGCAGCCCCGCCACCUCCGCCUCCUCGUCUGCCUGCCCUCAACUCAUCAACUUCGCCAAGCUGCGCAUGUUCGCCAAGGAGAUUCGCUCCCUCCGUCGAAUGUGUGACAUCGAGUACGAUCUCCCAUUGGCCCAACGCCUCCUCCAAUCAGGCGGCACCUCGAAUAAAUUCUCUUUUCUAUUGGCUCCUGGAGGUGGCAGCGGCAAUGCCACCACGAUUGAUAUUUCAGCACCACAACAGCAGCACCAACAACCAUCUCUACCAACCUCCUCUGCUUCCAACAUUUCCACUGCUUCCGCGUCCUCCGCCACUGAUUCUGUAAACAAUCAAGGCUCACAUAUACAACCAAAAAAGUCCAGUGAUGGAGGCGGUGUUGUCUCGUUGAUGAGUGGUGCCACCUCCCUUCUCCUCUCCACCGCCUCCGGUGCUGGCUCUUCACCAACUCGGGUGACAGUACCCAAUCUGGGAGGUGUUGCUUGGGGUGGGAUGAAAAAAGCCAAAGUGAAGGCAAUGUAUGCGGCGUGGCAGAUGCGCUUGCGAGUGCGCACCUACAUGGCGGGUUUACGAGUAACUGAGGACCUGGAUCGGUUGGCGCAGCUUUCGCAUCGGGCGGAAUCCGGUGGCGCCACUUCUAAGGAGGCCACUCCCACCCCUACACCUGCUCCCGCACCGCCUCAGCAUCCACUACCGCCAUCGGUAGCGGUGGUGGGUGGAAAAUCAGCUUUCGUGGCUGAAUCUCCUCCUUCGAAAUCUCAACUGCCACCGACACCACCACAAGUAACCGUCAUUUCCACAGCUGCCGCCAUGGUACCCACAUCCAGUGCGACCGCCACUAUCUCUUCUCACCGCUCCAUCUUCGGUAACCAGUCGAUCGAGGAUGCUCGAAAGCUCAUUGCUCUACAGGAGCGAACCUCGCGUCGCCGCAUGCGAAUGUGUGCGGUCCCAACAUACCCACAGCAACAGCACUAUCACCAUUACCACCAACAGCUGUUGCAUCCUCAGCAAUAUUGCCACUACGGCGUGCGCUAUCAACACUACCUGUCCAACGGUGUGCCCGCUUAUGUAGUGGGAGAUCAGAGGACGGGUCAGAGGGGUCGAUACCUUCCUCCCCCCACCACCAAUGUCUAUCACCUCCAACUCCACCAGCAGCACCAGCAAUACCGCCAGCAACAGCAGCAGCAGCAAACGUCAGCGAUGGCUGCAGCACAAUGGGUGGCACGACAACAACAGAUGGCAUUGCCAAGUCAGCAGCGGAGCAGAUUCCAUUCUCCACCACCACCACCACCACCUCCACCGCCUCCUCCUGCGCCACCACCACUGCCACCUCAACACUCGAUGCCGCCGAAACAACCACCAGCGUAUGAUUAUGCUAUGAUGUUGAAGAUGCAGCAGCAGCAGCAACAACAGCAGCAGCAGAUGCGAAAUGUUGGGGGUUUCGUGCGAAGAUCGAGCGAACCGCCUCCACGGGGUGGUGUGGGAGGACCACCAAGAGUCACCUCACCGGCUUUGGUUCAUCGACACCCUUCGCCCCAAGGCGCUAUGCAAAGACCACCGCUUCCCUCCUACCACGAGGUUGUGGCGAUGAAGCAGCACCAACAGCAUUUGGGCGCUAGUGUUCAGCCUCUUACACGUGGACAAGAUGGUCGACCAGUGCGAUGA